UUGUGGACUCGUUCACGGGAUGCUGACGGACCCGUGUGCUUGUUGUCUCUUCCAGGAGCGCCCCUCAAAGUGUGUCCACAGGGUUUCUCCUGCUGCACAGUGGAGAUGGAGGAGAAGCUGAGCCAGCAGAGCCACACGGAGAUCAAAGCUCCCGUGUCCAGGCUUAGCACCAACCUACAAUCCACCUUCAAACAGAGGCACGACCACUUUGACAAGUUUUUCCGGGAGCUCUUGAAAAACGCGGAGGACUCACUGAACAACAUGUUUGUGCGGACGUACGGCAUGAUGUAUGUGCAAAACGCAGAGCUUUUCAAGGAUUUCUUCAAGAGCCUGACGCGGUACUACGUGUCCGGCUCCGCUGCGGUCAACCUGGACUCCAUGCUGUCGGAGUUCUGGGCCGACCUUCUGGAGCGGAUGUUCCGGCUGGUCAACGUGCAGUACGAGUUCAGCGACGCCUACAUGGAGUGCGUCAGCCAGCACACGGAGCAGCUGCAGCCCUUCGGCGACGUGCCCAGAAAGCUCCGCAUCCAGCUGACGCGGGCCUUCGUCGCCGCCCGCACCUUCGUCCGCGGCCUGGCCCUCAUGCCCGACGUGGUCAACAAAGUGUCCACGGUCGGUGCGUCUCCCAGCUGUGUGCGAGCAGCUAUGAAGAUGUUGUACUGUCCCUACUGCUCAGGCCAAGUGGCCCUGAAACCCUGCCAGAAUUACUGUCUGAAUGUAAUGCGCGGGUGUUUGGCUAACCAGGCUGACUUGGACACAGAGUGGAACAACUUCCUUGAUGCAAUGCUAAGUCUGGCCGAUAGGUUGGAAGGCCCGUUUAACUUUGAGUCGGUCAUGGAUCCCAUCGAUGUGAAGAUUUCAGACGCCAUCAUGAACAUGCAGGAGAACAGCAUGCAAGUGUCACAGAAAGUUUUCCAAGGAUGUGGGAUGCCCAAAACAACCGCCCACCGAUCUAAGCGGUCCGUCAAAGAGACAACCUUUGCUGGCCGCUUCCGCCCUUACAGUCCGGACGCAAGGCCCACCACAGCAGCUGGGACCAGUUUAGAUCGAUUGACGAGUGAAGUGAAAAAGAAGCUGAAGCAUGCUAAGAAGUUCUGGUCUACGCUGCCUGAAACCGUGUGCGCGGGCGAGAGGAUAGCGCCUGGAGACGAGUGCUGGAAUGGCACGGCAAAAAGCAGGUACGAGGCAGUUGUUAUCGGAAACGGCCUGGCCAAUCAGGUGUCAAACCCGGACGUGGAUGUGGACAUAACGAAACCUGACAUCGUGAUCCGCACCCAGAUUGCCGUCUUGAGGGAAAUGACCAGCCGGCUGAAAGCGGCACACAGCGGCAACGACAUUACUGAAAUCCCCGGUGAGGAAGAAGGAGGCAGCAGCGGAGAGGGGAGCGGCAGUGGUUGCGACUCGCCGUCCUGUGACGCAGAUCAGGAUAUCUACUUCCCGACCCCGCCGAACCCUGGCAAACCACGGGUUAAUCAAGUGCACGGGAGUACAUCCGCCGGGGCAGCCUCACGGGGAAGCAUGGCGACGGCGCUCUGCGGGCUGGCUCUUGCCCUACUCGCUGCCCACUUGAGAUAAAACUGGCGGGAUGGAGGAGGAAGGGCUUGACCAGGAACAAUUGAACGAAGGGGAAAACUGUCAGAGAGACUUAUAAAAAAGACUGCCUUCAGGACCUCAGACUGUCCGCUGUUAGGGGGGGAGACCCUUCUUGAUAUUACAGUAACUUCACUAUUAACUCUUUGUAUGAUUUUAUGGACAUCGUUGUACACCAGUAUGAUUUUUUUCCUCCCAAGAAAUCCACCUUUUCCCCAUGAUGAAUCUAUACUCCAAAUGCUCUUUUGGAGCUCGCUUAUGGUUCUGCCUGUAGCAUUUCAAAGUGAUAGAAUUGUCUUUGGCAGUUCAAUCUCGCGAUUCAUUUUGUGCUUUCUCGUCAGUCGGUAGUGAUUAAGUGAGAUGUUCGGUUGAAUAGGGAGUGCCUGUAUUGGGGCGUGUCUUUAUAUUUCUGAGGAUGUUCUUUCCUCCCUUUGGUCAAAGGGGGAAACAAAAUAGCAGAAAUGGAAAUCGUGCCAUGGUGCUUGAACGUUCCCAGUUCACAUCAACCGUUUUGCACGUGGGCCGUGCGCACACUGUGAAUUUUUUCGUUGUUGCACACGUUUCGAAACAUUGACAAGCCUAAAAUGGUGACGCUUGCCUGGGCCAAGGAAGCAGACCGAGUUGGCCUUUGAGCGGGCUUUAAAGACCAAGGAAAAAAAGCGCAGCUCAUCUCCCAGAAAUACAGCCAGAGAAGUCACAACACAGGCUUUUUUUUUUUUUUUUUUUAACCCAAAGAUGGAACCAGCUACAGAGGCCCAAAUGUGUGCAUUGAGCACCUGCUAUGAGCGUCGUCACAGCCUAACAUCUCAUUUUCCAAUUGAUUAGCUUCAUUCUUCGGCCUCGGCAAUUAAGUUGCGUGGUUGGUACCUCAUACUUACCGUCAUCAAGGAAGUGAUGUUUGAGAUGGAAGAUGAUAGUUGGACAUGAGGCUGGAAUUCCCCCAUAUCACACCAGAAGAAAGCAAAGCUGGCAAGUCUUGGACGCUCUCGUUGGUACCGUGAGCUCAGUUCAGCACAGACGGCCUCUUUACAGUCUUAUUUGUUUGAAAGGAAAAGUUUGGUGACGUGGAUGUUGAGACCAUCUCAUACUUUUACAGUAAAGAGGAACAAAAGACAGUGUUUUUUUUUUUUUAAUCAAGAGUAAUCAAAAAGAUUAUUUUGAGACAGGGUUUUAUGUUGAGGAGGUGUAAAUUUUAGCUAUUUUUGGUAUGAAGAUAUAUAUUUGGUACUACAAUGGAUUUUACAGCUAGUUUUUAGGUUGAGAAAGAGGACCGUGUGCACAGAGGAGGGAUACUUUUGGCUCAGCAAGCAGUUUUUUUUUUGUAUUUCAUUUUGUUUUGUGUCCUCAGGCCACCAUACCAGCCACAACCUGCCCCCAUCCCCACAGGACACAGAUGCACCCACUGAAUAGCCUGUGUCAGUACAAAUGGACUCAUCCUGAACCAUUUCACCUACCUGUCCUCAUACCAUGUUUUAAUUUUUACAUCUGGAGGUGGAAUCUUGAGGUUCCACCAUUUUGUUGUUUUUUUAUUUUAUUUUUUAUCUUUGGUACAUUUUAGGCAUCUUCAUGUUGAAAAGGAAAAAAAGAUAAACAGAUUUUUAUGAAUUAUGUAUCAUCUGUCUGCCUAGAUUCUCUGAACCACAAGGAUGGAUCUUCAGGAUUUUAUAAUUUGAUAAUCAGGUUUUGCAUCACCCGUUUCAGUUUGAAAAGGAUGCAUCCUUUUGUUGCUUUUAUACAGUACAGUAAGUAAUUUAUUAGAUGGAUGGGACUUGUGGGUUUUGAGUAACGUCAACAUUUUUCAUUAAAAUUUGGCUUUAAAUUUGACACGUCGAUGGUAACCCCACAUGGGUUUUUCUUCAGGUUAUCAAGAGGUAUUCCAGCUUGUAUUAAGACCGAAGGAUUUUGAUUAACCAUCUAUGCAACCCGCACAGAGUACUGAAUCCCCGAUUUACAAUCACAAAAGCCGCGGCUCGGCCGCCCCGAUUUGGCAUUGAUUCUGUAGUCCGACCAGUUUGUGUCCCAGUUUUAAGUUCCGCAAACAUUUCUACAAGGGCUUUGUGAACGUUGGAGUUGUGUCAAGCGUUGAAGAAAGGCAACGCUCUGAGAGUGGGAGAAAGUGUUUCGGGUGACCAUGGUGAAUGUCUGUGCUUGCAGGCCGGGGCAGUGACGUUUUCGGGCUGGCAGGAAACGGUCCGGCUACUGGAUGUUCAUUUCAUCCACAGAGCAGAGUCACUCUCAAGACUUAAAAGCUGAGUUGGAUGGGUUUUUUAACCUUUCCAAUAUGCCUUUGGCCCACAAGAACAGAAAAGACUCAUUCUCUGAGGAGUAAGUGGCUGAAAAGAAUGGAGAGAAAAAGAAGUGUAAAUAAAAGGCAACCUUUUGUUUUGUUUUGUUUUUUUGUUUUUUUUAGAUGUCUCUAAAAGAGGACUUAACAGUACACCAGAUUUUUACUUGUCAGAGUAUCUCCUAAAUGUUAUGGAAAAAACAAGCUGAGAUAGAGGUUAAAUUGUAAGAGAAAUUGUAUAUUAAACAACGUUUCUUAGUCUUGUUGAAAUAAAGACUGCCAAUAUUUAAAUAAGC